AUGGAUCAACCACCUUCAUUCGAUUCAUUCCCAUCUCACCUUGCACAAAGCUCGAGUCUCCAGCCGCCGACUGUCAAUGUUCCAGCUCCCAGUUUCGAUUCGUUUCCUGACCUACCAUCCAAUGAACCUCGGGAUCAGGUAGCCGGUAGCAAGUCGAAAUCUGACAAGAAAAGCAAAAACCGUACUGAUACAAAGCGCACCAAAAAACUCCCUACACAAAGCUCAUCAAGGAGCACUCACAUUUCGAAGCCAGAAGGCGACAGGAAACUUGAAUCAAGUUAUGAUCCAGCCGACACUUUCCUGGAUUCACUUGGCUUGGGUUUAGAAAAAGGGAUCGUAAAUUCAGAAGUGAAGAAAAUCAAAAGCGAGAAAUCAAAGAACAAAAAACUUAGAUCAACAGAAGAUGAACUUAAACAAUCCAAACGGAUUAAAAUCGAAAAGGAAUCUAAAACAUCAUCAAAGUUAUCAAAUCAAUCUUUAUUAUAUUCAAAUCCACAAGAAAAGAAAUUGUUUUAUACUGAUCUUAGGGAAGAUACUUUUAAUUUACAUAAUGGUAAACCAGACAAAGGCAAAGUUCCUAAUUACAGACGAAUUGGUGCUGGACGAGUAUUGGGUAUACAUCAUCGUUGGCGAAUCACUCUUGAUAGUGCGUAUCGAGGAAAUGGUUUGAAAUUGAGUGAAGAGGGUCGUCGUAAAGCCAUCUCGAUCACCGAUGAAGCAACAUUUCAAUUACUGAACGAUAAAAAUCUCAAACGGAUCGUGAUUCCUAAAUCGUCUUCAGAAUCUCCUGCCGGUCCAGCUGCAAGUUUUAUCAGCAUUGAUGAACGUCUGAGGGCGGAUGGACAGAUGCGCCCGCCACCGAAGCCUGAACCUCGAUCGAUAUUCGAUGAAACAUAUGCAGAGGAGGUGGACUCGGACGGUGACGCAUUCGAUUAUCUACCGCCGGAAGAAGAUGGCGGGGAGUCUGUUCUUGAGAGGCUCAACAAGCUGAAAGGUGACUUAGAAAGAAAGAGUAAAGAUGAUCCUAGUGAUACUGAGACGUGGCUAGCUUUGGUCAAUCUUCAAGACGAGAUGAAGGAACUUGGAAUGGUCGGGCUGAGGGCUAAACAAACUGAUAUCGAUCAAGAUGCAGUUCGAAAGCAUGUGCAAGGUACCAGUGACCUGAAAUUGACAUAUCUCAAAGAGGCUUUACGGGUCAAGUCAAACCAGAAUGACGAAUCUAUCUUACUGGCUUACAUGCGAGCAUAUUGCGAUCAACCCGAUGUUGAUUCUUCACAAGAAUGGCGCAAAAUGCUUGACUCGCAUCCUGGUGUCACUGGGCUAUGGAUAGCUUAUGUUGACUGGCGACAAACUGAUGCCGGUAGCAUGAAUGUGACCGAGAUGGUUGAAGUAUAUGAAGAGUUGAUUGACAGACUUGUGAGGCGUGCCGACGACAAGGCUGAUGAUAGAGGUUUCCAUGAGCGUGCUGUAGCUGCAUUUCAGGCUAUCAUUGAGCUCAACUUUCUGAGUCCAGUCGCUCACGCUCAAUCAACAAGUGAACUCUUGGAAGACUUUGAACUCUUUUGGGACUCAGAAGUUCCAAGAAUCGGGGAGACUGGCUCAAUAGGCUGGUCUAGAUACUCAUCUGAUGUUGAAUUUUCACCUCCCUCACCUGUUACUCAGCAUCCGGAGUCGAGUCCUGAUCCGUCACAAUUUGGCGCCUGGCAAGAAACAGAGUUAAAAAUCCUAGGACCUACAAGGACCAGCGACCCUGAUAGCGACGACGAUCCAUUCCGAUGUGUUCUCUUCGAUGAUAUUCGGAAUCUCCUUUUCCGUGUUUCGACUUUUGAUUCAAAGCAGGCUUUACUUUAUUCAUUCCUUUCUUUCAUGGGACUAUGUCUCCCUCCACCGGAUGUGGAUACCAAUGUGGCUUUUUUCACAGACCCAUUUCUUUCAUCCGAGAUCUGUGACACGGUCGACCGACAGGCGUUCUUUUGGCCCAAUAUUGAACCGGUCACAGCAGUUGAUAUCAACGGAAUGCGUGAAAGCUUAUCAGGCAUCAGAGAUCCGUUGAAGACGCCCUUUCGAGUCUUUCCUUCUGACCAACGACAGCUAUUCUCUGAUCCGACCAAAUGGUUUACAAGCUUCCUUCCCAACACAAGCGACAUCCCUUUCAUUCAGAAUGCGCUAGCAUUGUUACGGACAAGCACCGUAUUGGAAAAAGACCUUUACUUCACUCUCUGUGUGAUUGCGUUUGAAGCUCGUUUAGAUGUCACAUCGGCAAUCAAGAUGACCAAGGAGAUCUUGAGCAAGGAUCAAUCAUGUUUGUUGCUAUGGGAUACAUAUGCUAGAUUAUGUCUCUUGAAAGGCAAAGUCAAAACAGCUCGAGAUGUAUAUGUGAAGACAUUGAGUUUAGUCGAAGAAGAACGGCAAGAUCUAACAUUGAUCUGGUACUCUUGGGCUGAAAUGGAAACCGACUUGGGAAAUUGCGGUCUAGCUGCAAGGAUUUUGGCUCGAGCGACAAAAUGUUUGGAUGUUACACCAGCGGUACUGGCAGCUACUACUGUCGAGCAACCAGCAGCAACAGUCUUACUACGGACGAGAAGGGCUUUUAUGUCCCGCAUUUCUACCGUGUUCCAUUCCGAUGCUCCUCAAGAUAUGAUCCGUCAAAGAGUAUCAGAUGCAACAGCUUUUGCAACUCUUCAAUAUACGAGUGAAGGAUUUGAAUCAUCUUGUGAUAUAUUUGAAACCACAAUCAAAGCGAUUGAAGAUUUGAAUAGUUUAGCAGAAGAAGAAGAACUUUGGAUGAAUUAUUGUCGAAUAAUUUAUCAACAUAUUAAAAAUCAUCGUAGUUAUAAACCAUUUGAAUUAAGAAAGAUUUUAAAAAGAUCAGUUGAAAAGUUUAAGAAUAAUAGUAUAUUUCUUUCGUUGUUUGCAUUUAAUGAGAGUAGGAUGAAGAUUGAUAAUGAGACUAGAAGAUUGAUUGAAGGUUGUUUAUUGAAAAAUGAAAUGAGUGUGACCAGUAAUAGUUGGUUAUUUGCGAUUUGGGUUGAAAUGCAUUUGAAUGUGACGGGAUAUAAUCAAGUGGCUGUUCGUAGACUUUUUGAAAGAGCUUUAUUAAACCAAAGAACGAAGUCUAGUUUUCAGCUUUGGAAGUUAUACAUUGAAUUCGAAAUCCGUAAUGAGAAUUAUACUAGAGCAAGGUCAAUCAUCACUCGGUCACAUGCAGCUUGCCCGUGGGUCAAAGAUCUAUAUCUACUACCCUUUUCACCCAAAUUAUCAACAGUUUAUCAAAACGUAACAGAACAAAAACGAAUGUUAAGAUUAUGUGAUGAAAAAGGAAUUAGAAUUAAAGAUCGAAAGAUUUUCAAAAAGAUUGAAGAGAUUGAGAAAGAGAUUGAAAGACUUGAAGAUGAAGAUGAAGAGAUGAUGAUUGAAGAUUUAGAACAACGUAAUGAACUUGAAGAAAGGAAGAGGUUAUUGCCUUAUUAAGAUCCUGGCACCUUUCUACUGGGAUUUGGGUUUUGUCUUCAUUGUGUAUUCAUUUCGAGAUGAUGUGAUGCUGUGACACUGGAAGUGAACAGCGGGUUUCUUCAAUGUACUAUUCC